AUGGCAAGUGACGAAACAACACCACUGCUUCCCAGCAAGGGCGAAGGGAAAAAGUCCAAUUGGCUGCGAAACGUUUGCCAUGUUGAGAAUCGGAUUUUACUUGCGGGAUUUCUCAUUACAUUGGCUUUUAGUUUCACCCAGGUUCCGCUAUUUUAUGUGUUUCAUUUGAUGUCAUGCGAUUCUUUCUACGAUUUACAUCCUCCAUAUGAUGGUCCAGGCGAUCGAUGCAGUCGUGAUGAGAUUGCUUCCAUGACUGCGACCCAGUUCAGUAUUCUGGGCAUGAGCACAACCUUUUGCGGAACAUUGAACCUUUUUCUCGCGGGUUGGAUAGCUAAAAAGUUUGGACCACGCGCAGCGCUUCUGAUGCAAAUAUUUAUCCCAGCUAUUCGAGUCGUGACGCAGAUUCUUGGUGUUUUGACAGGCAAACGAGAGGGUAUGCUUAUCAUUCAGAUGACACAAUUAAUCACGAUUUUCGGAGGGCCCUCUGGCUACAUUCUGGUGAUUAACAUCAUCGCUGGUGAAGUUGUCGAGCCUUUACGAAGAACGGCUGUCUUUGGGCGACUCCAGGGCGCAAUCAUGCUGGGACAAGGAAUUGGUUACCUCACUGGUGGUAUGCUCGGCGAUAUUGACAUAAAAGCACCUUUUGGGACGUCCUUCUGUUGUUUUAUCCUCUCCGGCAUCUACGCUUGGAGCGCACUCCCUUACAUAUCUCCGGAGUCCAUGUCUAGUGGUGGAAGGCCUGCGACAGGGUUCCUCACUCCGCUUAAGGUACUCAUGCCUCAAAAGUUGCGCCUCGCAGAUGGGAAGACGAGAAAGCACCUGGGCGUCAUCUUCCUUUGCGCUGGUAUCUUUCUCGGGGUUCUCGCGACAGACUAUGCCCCUCUUCUCAUCCAGAUGUAUGCAACCGCGGCAUUUAGCUUUACUCAGGGAGAUAACGGCUGGCUGAUGUCCGAGUUUGCCAUCAUGAGAAGUUUCUUCUUGAUCUUUUUGUUUCCUCGUAUUAUUACGUGGGGACGUGGUUGGUAUGUCAACUCUCGGACAACCUCGUCUGACGAAGUGGAUGAAACAAUAACGCAACACAUCCCAACCACUGCUGGGGAAUUCGAUGCGACUGUGGGUGAGCAAGCGGAUCACGAGCCCUACCAGGCUGUAAACUCCAACAAAGAAGACGAAGGAGUCCGUUUCGAUCUUGUCUUCCUGCGAUGGAGCCUAGUUGUGGACGGUCUUCUUACCACCGUAUCAGGUUUCGCAACACAGCGGUGGCAUAUUUAUCUCGCUGCAUUCCUUCUUCCAUUCGGUUCUGGUAGUGCACCUGCUGCCAAGGGUUGUAUUACGCAAAUGUGCCCAGACUCCCAACGUGCGGAUGCUCUCAACGCCGUCACGCUGGUAGAAAACAUAGCACGACUUGCGACACAGGGACUCUUUGGUCUGAUAUUCGCUACGUUGGCCCAAGCUGGCAAGGCUUACGCGACCUUUUUCUGCAAUGCGGCCAUUGCAAUCGUUGCUAUGGGUGUGCUUCUGUUCUCCAACUUUCCACCCCUUGGGAGUACGUUGAUUGACAAGAAUGAUGGGGACAAUGAGGAACAGUCUGGAGACCAGGAGAAUGAACCCCUGUUGAAUGAAAGAGAGUAA